CGGUGCUGUACAGCGUACAUGCAGAACAGAACAAGCCUGCCUCCACUGUCAGCAAAAAGUCACCGUAAUCCCAGGCAUCCGAACCAGGCGGGCGGCGAUGCAUGCCCAUCCCUCAGGCUGAUCUGAUCCUAACACGGUACAGUACAAUACGACGGGCCACAAAGAAUCAAUCCAUCGAUACCCGUCACCAACUCUCUUUCUGCUAGCUGUCCGCUGUUCUGCGCAAAGAAAAGUCACACCGAGUGUUUUCGUUACGAACUUGCAACGAACCGACCCACCAUUAACCAGCACACCUACAACCCAAUUGAGCAGCCAAGCAAGCAGGCAAGCAAAUUCACCCUUUCAAAGUACUGCCCGCUGGACUAGACCGUACCAAGAACGUCCAUAACACAGGACCUGAGCCCGACCCUGUCAAGUCUGGUCCGUAAGGCGAAGGAACUCCCGCACUCCCCCCUCCUCCCGUCACCCCAACCCAAAACCAGCCUUGCCUUUGGCCCAAGCAAAAGUGCCCCCAAAUUCCCGUCGCAGCCCAACGUGCCUAUUUUUGCGCAGCCUCAAGCCCCGACACCCCGAGACACUGGGGCUUGCGUAAGAUCAGACUGGCCUGGCCUCCUCUCGUGCGGCAGCGUACGAAUCAGGACGAAGGCCUGUCGGGGAGGGACGGGCCCUCAACUCCAAAGGCCACGAUGGGACGCAAACCUGCACCUCAGCCGCUGACGCUUCCUGAGUCCAACCCUGUCGCUUCCUCGACCAGCAAUGACCAACAGCAACGCAUAGCUCCCGCUGAAACGCUGCAAGUCAACUUGUCACCCGCAGACUCACGCUCACCACGUUCGCCCAAAUCACCUCGAUCACCGUUUAGAUUCCACAACAAGAAAUCGCCAUCUUCCUCCACAUCGCCCUCCGCUACACAAGCGCAACAUCUGCAGCACCAGCAGCAAGACCAGCAGCCACAGUCCUGGCGACCCUCCGACGAGCACCCGUAUCCUCCCAUAUCUUCGGCUUUGGAACAGGUUCCUUCUCAGAACCCGACCGAGAAGCGAGGCGACGCUAGCGACUGGCCAAAUUCGCAAGAUAACGGUCGAAAUAAUAACGCAACUACCAAUAAGGCAUCACGACACCAGCACAAGUCGUCGCAGCAAUCACUGCGCUCCCAGCAUCAGCGGCACGGUGAAGACAAGUCAUCCAAGUCGGGCUUCUUCUUCAAUUUUGGCAAGUCCGGGAAAUCGACCGAUAGGCUGGCCUCCCAUCAGAAGUCCGAGUCCCGCGCCGACACAAUGUCGAGGGGCUCUGAUAACUCCACUGUCACCAAGCAGAACUCAAAGCAAUCAGAAUCGACCCCAGCGGACAGCAGUAGUGCGAUACACAGAACAGACAAUUCAUUACCUUCCAAGUCCAGCACCUCUUUGGCUUCCUCGGUCGACAACGAGUCUAGCUCUGGGAAAAAGGGAAAGCCGAAGCCUUUCGCCCUGCUCGGUCGCUCAAGAUCACAGAGAGAAAGGGACAGGGAAGGUCAGCUCAGCCCCAAAGAUAAGGAAAAGGAACAACCCACAUCUGCGAAACAGCCGGAAAUCGAAAAGCCCGAGAGGGCAUAUACAGCCGGAGGACAACACCCGUUGCGAACCACUCCUGGGCAGCCUGAUCGCAGCUUCCGGGACAUGAUGUCUUCAUCCAGCCGAAACCAGUCAGCGGAGAGGAGCGACAGGAGUCGCACAAGAGAUGCACACGGCCGCGACAAGGAGAACCAAAACCAGAACCACCGGGACAACCACCGCGAUAAUCAUUUCAAGGUGCAAUCCUCUACAGGUCACAAUCAGAACACCUCGGGUUCGGCAUUCUUCAGCGGUCUGAAAAGCUCAGGUAGCAAGGCCGCGGAUAUGAUCAGUAAGGGUCUUUUUGGUAAGGGUGGAAGGAGUAGCAGCACUACCGAGAAGGAACCGGUGGUAGACGACGAACACUACCAGUUGAAAGUGUUGAACUUGCCACUCCGUGAGCAAGUCCGCCGUACACGCAUUUCCAAGAGGCUCGAGGACUCGCGUGACAAGACAGAAUUCUGGAUGCCAGCGUUCCCGUGGCGUGCGAUCGAUUAUCUUAAUUACAAGGGAACGGAAGUCGAAGGCCUGUACCGUGUGCCAGGGAGUGGUCCACAAAUCAAGAAGUGGCAACGCAAAUUCGAUGAAGAACAUGACGUCGAUCUUUUUGCCCAAGAUGACCUUUACGAUAUCAACAUCAUUGGCUCUAUGCUCAAGGCCUGGCUCCGACAGCUACCUGAUGAGCUCUUCCCCAAGCAAGCUCAAGAACGGAUAGCAAGGGAGUGUGCGGGUUCAGAAACGGUACCUCAGAUGCUGGUUGACGAGCUAUCCAACCUGUCACCCUUCAACUAUUAUCUUCUCUUUGCCAUCACCUGCCACCUGAGCCUAUUGCUGGCUCAUUCGGACAAGAACAAGAUGGAUUUCCGCAAUCUCUGCAUUUGCUUCCAGCCAUGCAUGAAGAUUGAUGCGUUUUGCUUCAAGUUCUUGGUCUGUGACUGGCGGGAUUGCUGGAAAGGCUGCAAGGACGAGGCAAGGUACAUUGAAGAAGAGUACAUGUUGUUCGACCAGCCACCGCCACGGGGCCUUUCAGAACAGAGGAGACGCCUUGAGGAGAGCCCCAUGGAGAACAGGACCGCUUCUUCAUCGGAAACCGCCUCGCAAUCCAAUCGAACUGAGAAGCAGCAGCCGCAGCAACCGAAGCAGCAAAAGGAACAGCCAAAGCAGCAAACAAAGGAACAGACCACGCGGUCACGCAAGAAGACUCCUCAACAAGAGAACGACGAUGCGUCAGAUUCGACCAUAUCAACAACCCUGACAAUAGACAGCAAACAAGAGACGCCCCCAAGGCAGCAAGGAGAUAACAUGCGACCUCUAUCACCGAUAAAACCGCUGUCGCCACUGGGCUUCUAGUACUGUUUUCUGGUCCCAUCCUGCGCUUCAAGAGAGCUCAGCGGAGUAAUCUUAGACCUGGAAACGAGAGGAUUGGGUACUUUUCCUGCUUUAAAUGCAUGCCGAAAGCUGCAGUGGAUUAGACUCUUCACGCUUUUAGAAGACCUUGUCCGCUACUGACGUGGACUUCUCUAAACGAUCAUAGCUCCAAUCUGAUGGCACCAUUCUCGCGACUUGGUGGAAUCUGUCACGGCGCUAUUUCUUUGCAUCAUAGGACUGAUGGUUUUGGAGGGUGGAGUGGUGCUCUGCUGUCUUUACGUUGUGAUCAAAAGCUGUUUUCCCCUUCUUCCAGUUUCCCAGCAUUUCGUUCCAUAUUUUUUGUUUAUACCCCUUCGGCAUCUGUAGUUCUCUAUCCUCAUUAUCGGCUUUCGGACGCAUGAAGCACAAGGCGCGGAACUUUUGUCUCUUUCCUAAUAUUGUUUGAGUCGUUUUCAACCCUGUCUACUUCUCACGUGUUCUUUCUUCUCUUUUUCUCUUUUGCGAAUUGAAUUGAUGCUGCCUUUGGAGGUUUGAAUACUGGGAGAAACGGGGAAAUGAUUAUAUACGCACUACAAUUGCGCCACUCUGUGGACAUCACUCUGAAAGGCUGGAAAUUUCGGAAAUGCAGCAGUUAUUAUUGUUGAAUAUGCGACAGAGCUCCACUGCGGGAUUACUGGUCAUUGUUGCUGCAUAAGGUGUGCACCUUGAAUCCUUGGUUCCCGAAGGCCAG